GCGCGUUGCUCCGGCCCGCGUCCGCCCACCGCCCUAGCGCCGCCUGGAGGCGGGACCACCCGCCGAGUUAAGUGGGGCGGAGGUCGCGGCGCCCGGUCUCGCCACCGCCGCAGCCACAGCCACCAUGGACUCGGAGUGCGCUGCCUCCCGCCUGAGAGUCGUGCUGGGUCACCUCCGCCGCCCUUCGGCCACGGCCGUCGCAGCUCACUUAACUUCAGGGGCUAUUUCUCCUGCCAGUUUCCAUCCUCAACAAUUCCAGUAUACUCAGGAUAAUAAUGUUCUAAGCCUAGAACAGAGAAGAUUUUAUGAAGAAAAUGGGUUUCUUGUCAUUAGAAACUUGGUAUCUGAUGCUGAUAUUGAACGCUUUCGGAAUGAGUUUGAAAGAAUCUGCAGAAAAGAGGUGAAACCACUUGGAUUACAGUUAAUGAGAGACGUGACCAUUGCAAAAUCAGAAUAUAGUCCAAAUGAAAAAGCGGUUACCAAGGUCCAAGAUUUCCAAGAAGAUAAAGAACUCUUCAGAUACUGCACUCUCCCUCAGAUUCUGAAAUACGUGCAGUGCUUCACUGGACCCAAUAUUAUGGCCAUGCACACAAUGCUGAUAAACAAACCUCCAGAUACUGGCAAGAAGACAUCCCGUCACCCCCUGCACCAGGAUCUGCACUAUUUCCCCUUCAGGCCCAGCAACAACAUUGUUUGCGCCUGGACGGCCAUGGAACACAUCGACCGCAACAACGGCUGUCUGGUGGUGCUCCCCGGCACACACAAAGGCACCCUGAAGCCACACGACUAUCCGCAGUGGGAGGGGGGAGUUAACAUAAUGUUCCACGGAAUCCAGGACUAUGACGAAAACAAUGCCCGAGUGCACCUCGUGAUGGAGAAGGGAGACACCGUUUUCUUUCAUCCUUUGCUCAUCCAUGGAUCUGGUCAAAACAAAACUCAAGGAUUCCGGAAGGUAUGCAUUAUAACACCACUGCACUUUCCAAAGAUGAAUGGUUAG